GGGGAUUAGAUCCAAUUCUCCUGCAGCCACUAAACUACUCCCCUAAAAACACCCACUGCAGUCAUGAAUAGGCCACAAAAUGGCCCCAGUCACUUUUACAAAUGAAAGGCAAACGGUAGUAAUCACUGGGAGGUGACAUUCCUGCCAGGAAUAUUGUCCUCUCCUGUCCCAGAAGAUGAUGGAGAGGUUGGGACCAGAAAUGGAUGAUGCUCAAGAGGUUGCAUCUCCCCACCAGGACACGACUGAAGCGGAGAGCACGCGUGGUGUGGAGCAGAGUGGGGUGAAUGAGGGGGCGGCGGCCCCCUGCUCCCCCCCCAGGGCUGUGCCAGUGAUUGAGCUGCUCAGGAGGGGGGAGGGAUCAGGGAAUAUAAAGGGCAGAGAGCAGGAGCUGAGACUGCAAAGUCUGAGGACCACCGAGCUGUGCAGAGCCCCCCUCACUCCAGCUACAGAGCUUUGCAGAGCCCCCCUGACACCAGCUACAGAACUUUGCAGAGCCCCUCUAACACCAGCCACAGAGCUUUGCAGAGCCUCCCUGACACCAGCUACAGAGCUCUGCAGAGCCACCCUGACUCCAGCGACAGAGCUCUGCAGAGCCCCUCUGUCAGUUGCAGGACCCCCUCUUACUGCCACCACCGAGCUGUGCAGACCCCCGAUACCCUUACCAAUUCCUGGACCGCCAGCUGAACAAGCCCAAGAAGCCCGAAUGGUGCAGCUGAGCCCCCCAGCUUCCCUCCCCCUGCAGGCUGCAGGCAGGACCAUGCUGUAUGGGCUGAGUCAACCCCUGACUCCAGCAAACAGUGGCUUCUUCGCAGACCCGGACACCUAUUCAAUGUACAACAAUAAUUCCAGAGUCAAAAGGCGUACGCCUGGCCCUUACGAAGUUGAUGUAACAGAAGGAGGCAUGGCUAGCGAGCCAAAUAAGGACAAAACAACUAUUUUGUGUAUAGAUUGCUGUUCAGGGACAACACAACAUUCAGGUCCCCACACCAAAGUCGUUCGUCGUAUCUUCACAAACAGCCGGGAGAGGUGGAGGCAACAAAAUGUGAAUGGAGCUUUCGCUGAACUGCGCAAGUUGAUCCCAACACAUCCCCCAGAUAAAAAACUCAGCAAGAAUGAAAUUCUUCGCCUGGCCAUGAAAUACAUCAACUUUUUGGCCAAGCUUCUCGAUGACCAAGAAGAAGAAGGUAACCAGAGAACCAAGAUGAACAAAGAUAAUGGAAUGAUACAACAAGACCUUCUACAGGAUAUGUUGUCACCAAACUCCAGCUGUGGAAGUACUUUGGAUGGUGCACCAAGCCCCGACAGCUUCUCAGAAGACCAUGACACACUGGACUCCAAACAUAAUCGGAAUCUUCAACAGUCCAUGCUCCCAGUAGAAAACAGUGGACAACGAUGACUAACUUCUCCAACUGGGUACUGACUGUAACCCCUAGGCUUUGGACCUUUAUCCCAGAUUGGUGUUGGUACACAUUUGGGUUGGUAUGAAGAUGUGUAUCCCAGAGGUACUUUAUUUGAAACAAAGAGGAACUCUGUGUUUGUACUAACAAAACUGUUUUGUGCAAAAGAACUUGUACAAGAAUAUUUUUUUUAUUCUUCCUCUUGAUUGAUUUAGGUAUAUUAUUAUGUCCUAAGUGUGUCCCAGUUUUAGGAGGGCUUGUAGCAAUUUGUUAGCUAAAUACUUUAUGGGGACCAACACCACUAAGAGCACCAAGCUAAAUAAUGUAAUAUAUAUAUAAUGCACAUACAUACCUAUAAAUCUUUGGAAAAAAAGCCUCAGGUGAAAUUUGAAAACCUGCGGGAACAGACAAUGGAUAAUAUUUUUAUUUGGUACCUGUUGAAAUGAAGGUACAUUAUACAUACAUUUGUAUCCGAUUGGUGAAGUACACAUCCGUAUUAUUUAUAAAAGAGCUUC